GCCGCAUUGCAAUCAACCCAUGCAUGUGUCAUUCAUCUCACUCCCUGUGAGCACGAUGCGAGAGUCGAACCGAUUCACACGUCGAAACACAGCUCUCUUACUAAAAAAGGCAUGCAUGGCACACGCGAUGACACACACAUCCCAUGCUCGCGUGUCUGAAAGGAUCGGUCGGGACCACGCGAGCAUUCUCCACGUCUGUCUUCUCAGCCGAUAUGAGUGCACCGGUGGUACAGACGUUGACACAAGCGGAUUAACCACACGGAUCCCCUCGAGUACCAAUACAGCAAUCAGACAGAGACCCACGUUGCUAGCCACAGCAUAUAUCAGCUGCCGUUGAGCUGCGAGGAUGGAUCGAGCUUGUCCAAGAUGUGAAGAUUGUGGAUCUUCUUGCGACCCCUGCACACACACAUCCAUGCCAUGGAUGCCGAUCCGAUGCCAAAUGACUGCCGCGUGCAGAGCAGAGAGACAAGCCAGCCUCUGUGUUCUCUGGUGCUGUGCUGACUGACUUGAGGAGGUUCUCAGGUCCGCCCCGCUUCCGCUUGCCCGUGGCCGCCUCCUCCCUGUUGAGUGAGUGAUAAAUCACGCGCACACGGUGUGGUGAGAUACGAAUUAACACAAAUCACACGCGUAUGCAUACGCCAGCAAAGAGGCCAGCGAGCAUACCUCUGUGGCAUGACAGCAGGUCCCAGCCGCACUCCCAGAUCACGCGUCACGACAUCCCACGAGGCAGGCUUCGACUGCAAACACACACACACCCCAAGACAGCAAUCCGUGCGACUGACUCAUCCGUGCGACUGACUCAAUGUGCGUGGCCGUGCGUCUGUCUGAUGCUGACUGACCUCCUUCCACAAGGUUUUGAUGUCGUCGUCGACCUUGCUGCUCUCCACCACCUCCUCCGCCCGGGGAAAGAGGCGGAUGCCGUUGAGCUUCAUGCAGUUGGGGCACCUGUUGCCGUAGAGGGGACACCCGCCGCCCGCCCCCGACCUGCCUUGGCCUGGAUUCUCCUUGCACUUGAGUUUGGUCUGCUCGUUGGACUUGCGGAUGGCGCGUACCUUCCUCUCCCGCAGGAACUGGUUGAUCCACUGCUCCACCUCUGGCCGCACCUCGGUGAGGUCAUCGCUGACGGCGAUGCCGUUGUCGCUCUGGUUAAUGAGGUUCAGGAGGUCCUCCUGCGUCUUGACGUGAGGGUAAGGGCUCGUGUAGCUGUAGAGCCGCGUGCCGGCAUCAUAUUUGAUCUUGGGGUUGGUCGUCAUCUGCUGCAGCAGCGCCGUGUGGGUGCUGAUCUUCUCGCCGAUGCGCUGCUCGAGGUCUGAGAGCUUCAGUGGCCGCUUCUCCCUCUUGAGCUCCUCGAUGAUCUUCAUCAAGAGGAAGCCAAUGGCCUUCUGCGACGAACGGUCAGCCGCUGGCGACGGAGAGGGAGAGCUUCGAGCAUCCCUCUUGCUCGACAUGAUGGUUGCCACGCAAAGUCUCUUC